AUGUCACAUGCUCCCCGCGGGAGUCUCGCGGUGACAGCUGACGUGGUGGUUAGAUCAUCGGUGGAAAAGAAAGGAUUUGCAAAUGGAGGUGGUGGCAGGAAUGGUCGCUCUGUGAACGACAACAAGGUCCAUCGCACCAUGUCUGAGUCUCUGUAUGAGAAAUUUUUGGCCCCUGAGGAGCCUUUCCCUCUCCUCUCCCAGAGAGCCAACCUCAGUGAUGUGGGAACCCUGGAUGUCAGUGACUUUGGCUGUCAGCUGUCAUCUUGUCACAGAACAGAUCCCCUACACCGCUUCCACAGCAAUAGGUGGAACCUGACUUCAUGUGGGACCAGUGUUGCAAGCUCAGAGUGCAGUGAGGAGCUGUUCUCCUCGGUGUCUGUGGGGGACCAGGAUGACUGUUACUCCCUUCUGGAUGAUCAGGAACUCACAUCUUUAGACCUGUUUCCGGAGGGCAGCGUGUGCAGCGAUGUCUCCUCCUCCAUCAGCACCUAUUGGGACUGGUCUGACAGCGAGUUUGAGUGGCAGUUGCCAGGAAGUGACAUUGCCAGUGGCAGUGAUGUGCUCUCUGACAUCAUCCCGAGUGUGCCCAGUUCACCAUGUCUGUUCUCCAAGAGGAAGGCCAAGCCCCACCCUCACCGCAACCUGGACGAGCUGCCUUGGAGUGCCAUGACCAAUGACGAACAGGUUGAGUACAUCGAGUACCUGAGUCGAAAAGUCAGCACAGAGAUGGGCCUGAGGGAGCAACUGGACAUCAUCAAGAUCAUCGACCCCUGCGCUCAGAUCUCCCCCACCGACAGCGAGUUCAUCAUAGAGCUCAACUGUCUGACCGAUGAGAAGCUCAAACAGGUGCGCAGCUACAUCAGAGAGCACAGCCCGAGGCAGCGGGCCAGCAGCACCAGAGAGGGCUGGAAGAGGAGCAGCCACAGCAGCGCCAGCACCAGUGGAGUCAGCGGAGCCAGCAGCAGCAAUGCGAGCAUGGUCAGCUCCGCCAGCUCGUCUACUGGCUCCACAGCCUCCAACUCUAUAGCUGGUGGCACAGCUUCAGCCUGCAGUGGAGGCAGCGUGACCAACAUCAGCCGAGCUCACAGCGACGGCAACCUGUCCAGCGCUGCAGAACGCAUACGAGACUCUAAAAAGCGCUCGAAGCAGCGUAAGCUCCAGCAGAAAGCGCUGCGUAAGCGCCAGCUGAAAGAGCAGCGCCAGGCUCGCAAGGAGCGUCUGAGCGGGCUGUUCCUGAACGAGGAGGUGCUGUCGCUGCGGGUGACAGAGGAGGACGACCACGGUGACGACCUGGACGUGCUGAUGUGACACCAGUGAAUCAAUCAGUGCUCCCUCUACGCCUGCUCUCUCACCGCCCAGCCGCCACCAUGCCGCUUGCCCGUAGGCCCUGCUAGUUGUUAGAGCAAGACAGAUCACUGCAUGCCAUAGCACUUUGAAGAGCCCAACAUGUUCAUCAUGCAAAUGACUAGCAGCUGCUAGAAGUUUCCAUUAGCCUGUAACUGCAGCUAUCACAGUCAUCUCCAUCAACGUCACCUAGACAACACUGAUAUUUGCCCAUGAUAUAGCUUGUGUGCUAACGCUGAAACUAGUGUAACAUUGCUAGUGCCAAGCUAGCUACUAAUGCUAAUGGUGCAAAAGCUAAGACACUGCUAAUGCUUUGAUAGUUCUCGACCUCCUUGUAGCCUAUGUAGAUUGCGUUUAGCUAAUGCUGGCACAGCUAAGAAGCUCAUAGACACAGAUAAUUAAUUUAAACGCCAUUGCUGACGGUGCAACAACAUAACAUCUUGUACAGCUCGCUACAGCCAUCACGACGACUGCUGAUAUCCACUGCUGCUAAUCCAGACACCACUGCUGGAAGGACAGAUCAGGCACCUGAAUUAAGGAGACAGGUUUGCCAUUUUGUGCAGCCACUGCUCUGCAGGUACAAAAAUCCUGUUACCCAUGAGCUGACCGUCAUCAAGGAACACUUUGGUAUAAAUUAUUUUUGAUUCUGACAAAAUUGUUGUUGUAGAAACUGAAUGAGAACCCCAUUUGGCUUCUAUGGUUGUAGGUAACUCUAUAUAUGUGUAUCUAAUAAACAUGCCGGCUUGUUUUCUGACCGUUAUAAACGCUUUGUGAGUGAAACAAGCCCUGCAGAGUGCGAGAGAGGAAAACAAAUGGCUAGAAAUGCAUUUAGUCAUCCAUCCCAGCACUUUGAUGAGGCUUCGUUUGCAGUUUAGCCGCAGUGCCUGCUGGGUAGCUCUUUAACAGCCAGCAGUUCUGUUUGAGGAAAUGCUAGUUGUGGUUUCUGCUGUGGCAAAGUGGAUGGAAGUUGAAAUAGUUUUCACUUAAAGUGCUCAGAACUCUGCUUGCCAGGGCCAUUUAUCUCCUUGCAAUGUCAGGGAUGUAAUAAGACACCCUCUCCAUAUAAAACCUAAAUCGUUCUCAUAUGUUAAAGUUGUUACCAAACAUAGUUGUCCAAAAAAAAGAGAAGAAAAUAUGUUUUGUUCCUUUUUGUUUCUGCUCAGAUGACAGCGGCUGUACAUUGUGGCUAAAACCUCUAACACAGAUACUGACAUGUUAAGCCAUGCGUUUGCUCAUCGACAGUACUAAUGGUAAAACCUGCUUCUUCUAAAAAAGCAGGGCUAACGAUGCAUUUUUUAAAAUAAAAUCUAUAAUUUUUCAUUGGGUCAAACGUACAUAAAAGGCAUCCCCAUGUUAGCUCCUUAUGUAAAAAACAAAAACGGUUGGAAACAUGGUUUUAACAUGACAGUAGAUGCAUAUGAAUGCACUCCAGUGGACAAAUAAUGAAAAAACAAAGACUGUGGGAGAUCAGUGGAAGAUCAGGCUUACUGAAGCAGAGCUUGCAGGGAACAGAAGGGAGCCGGUCUUUUUCUGUGGAUCUGCUGACCGUCGUGGUUCCAUUUCACUCUCAAGGCUUAGAGGGAGCACUGAAGCACUGCAUGUUUUCAAAACAUCACCCGCACACACACACACACACACACACAACCCCACACACCAUGUGCUCAGUUAACGAGCUCACAUCGUUCCUCGCAUACACUUAUUUAAAUACGGCUUAUUCAUGUUGUAAAUAAAUGGUAAAUAACAAUAUAUUUGCUUCCAAAUUUUCCUCUGUAACAAAAGUUUGAAAUUACAAUUAUAAGUCCUUUUUUUUUGUCCUUGACUUGUGUAUAUAUAUUACCAUGACAGGGUAGUGAACUAAUUGAUUGUUAAAGCUAUGUAUUGCCCACAAAAAGUGCUGUUAAUCACCGUCGUUUGUCAUUAUUUUGAGUAGUUUUAUCCAUUGAACUUGGCCUCACCACAGGUUGAAGUGUGCUCGCUGUCUUGACCGGUUUUUAAAGCCCCGGUCUGGACUCGGACUUUGUUUCUCUCAACUGGCUCUCCAUGAUUGAGUUCUUCAUAAUGUUUUGCAGACAAAAGGUGGUUACUUUUGUGAGGUUUUAAACGGUUUGACCACCAGUUGAAAGCAUUAUCUCAAGUCUUACUAGAAUUAAUCACACAACUUUCCCUUUGUUUUCUCUGUUUCAUCCGUUUGGUGUGUGUGUUUAAAAGAGAUUUGAGGUUCAUUCAACAUAACCUUUUUUUUUUUUUUUCAUUUAUAGAUUUUUUUUUUUGUCCUUGCAAAAAGAAAAAAACAGCAAGGAACAUUGCUCUUUCUGUCUGUAUACAGUAUGGCUGCUGGCAGGUUUAGGCUCUAAAAUUGAACCGGCGGCAUCUUCAUGUGAAACUAAGCCUUUAAUGCAUUUAUCAGAAAAGUGUGUUGGUGGUGCUGCAUUUAAAAACAGCAUCAAAUCAUUGGACAAUGUCAAAGAGAGCUGAAAGCCGAGUUGAGGACCUGUCAGCUGUCAUGUUUUCAGAUGUGUUAGAAUUAACUGAGAUAUUGUGUUUGUGUGUGUUUGUCUCUCUUGAGAUAUUUUUUGUUGUCUUUUUCUACCUACCCUGUAAAACCCCCUCUUGUUCUCUGCUGUGACACUAAACCACUGCAGUUACUGGCCUAAAAUCCUGCUUUACUUUCUCAUACUUUGUCUGUGUAAUGGACUUUGGCUCCUUUUUUUCUUUUUCUUUUUUCUUCUUCUGUAUAGUUAUUGAUUACAAUGCAAUUAUGAGGAUAAAAGCAGCUUUAUGUAUUCAGUAGCGAUGAAUUAGUAAAACUCUAUUUUGAAAGAUAAGCGCAUUUUGAAGAAAAGGAUAAAACGCUGCAGUGCGAUGCAACAAUGCUAAUUGUGUAAAUAUGGCACCAUUUUAUUAAGUCUCUAAAUCACUGUCUCAGGUGAUUAAUAGAGACCCAGAAGUGGCUGGUAAGAUGCAUUAAAAAGAUGAAUGGUAUCAACAUUUUAUUGAUUAAAAUGAUGAAAGUUCAUUUUGUGUAAACAGUGAUAUUUGGCAGGAAACAGCACUCCACAUUAUUAGCAGUCCUGUUAAUAGAACUGUUUUACUGCAGCCACUUUUGGAGACAAUGGGAAUUUACAUGGGGUACACAGUAUUUCUCCAUAAUGCAUUUGUUCUGUAAAGUCUGCGGUAGCGGCCUCGUCCCACAUGGGAACCCAGAUGCCUCCUGCGGGGAUUAUUAAUCAGUGUUGCCUGUACUCUUUGUCACCAUGGCAUUUAAACUUGGACAAACUGCUCACUGGUUGAAGCAUUUUGAACACCUCAGACACCAUGCUGGACUGCAGAUACAAUGCAUUGUAAACUUUACAAAAUAAAUUGAAUAAAAUGAUGUUGCAUCCUG